AUGACCUCUCAAAACCACACAACAGUAACAGAAUUCAUCCUGCUGGGACUCACAGACAACCCAGUGCUGGAGAAGGUCCUGUUCGGGGUGUUCCUGGCCAUCUACCUGAUCACACUGGCAGGAAACCUGUGCAUGAUUGUGCUGAUCAGAACAAAUUCCCACCUCCAAACACCCAUGUACUUCUUCCUGGGCCACUUGUCCUUUGUGGACAUCUGCUACUCCUCCAACGUUACCCCGAAUAUGCUGUACAGCUUCCUGUCAGACCACAAGACCAUUUCCUAUGCUGGGUGCUUCACGCAGUGUCUGCUCUUCAUUGCCCUGGUGAUCACUGAGUUUUACAUGCUGGCUUCCAUGGCUCUGGAUCGCUAUGUAGCCAUCUGCAGCCCUUUGCAUUAUAGCACCAGAAUGUCCAAGGACGUGUGUGUGUCUUUAGUCACCUUCCCUUACGUGUUUGGCUUCCUUAAUGGUCUCUCUCAGGCCUUGCUGACUUUUCGCUUGUCUUUCUGUGGGUCCCUUGAAAUCAAUCAUUUCUACUGUGCAGACCCACCUCUCAUAAUGCUGGCUUGUUCUGACGCCCAUGUCAAAAAGAUGGCGAUGUUCAUCGUUGCUGGCUUCACUCUGUCAAGUUCGCUCUUCAUUAUCCUCCUGUCCUAUGUUUUCAUCUUUGCAGCUAUCUUGAGAAUGCGCUCUGCUGAAGGCAGGCACAAAGCCUUUUCUACUUGUGGUUCGCACCUGACCACAGUCACCUUAUUUUAUGGGACCCUCUUCUGUAUGUACUUAAGACCUCCUUCAGAGAAAUCUGUGGAGGAAUCCAAAGUAAUUGCAGUGUUUUAUACCUUUUUGAGCCCCAUGCUGAACCCUUUGAUCUAUAGUCUGAGGAACAAGGAUGUCAUCCGUGCUAUGCAGCAACUGAUCAAGGGCAAGUUCUUUCAGAUAAUUGUUGUUUAA